GCUCAGGGCGUUUGCGAGUGCACGACUCUAGCGGCACCUUUUCGCUGCUGUGAAUGCAGAUCUGCAUAGAGACGGACCGUAGAUAGGCGAAGACGAAGUUAGUGGGUCCGUGAGCGACUGAGUAUGAAUUCGCAUCCAUUGAGGACUGAGGAGGGAGCACUUGGCAAAACAAAGGACGUGGAAUUAGCUUUCUCGAAAAAUUGCAACAAAUCGCAGUAUAGACUGAUUAGCAGUAGCAGGUAGAUCAACGGAGACAACUCAACGACAGACCUCCACACGAAAAUGAUGAGAUUUGUCUUUCUCCAAGUCCUUGCUCUGCAGCAAGUGUACGGAAUGACCUUUCAUCGCCAGGACCCCGCUGCAGUCACGAACGUCGUCUCAAACGCGGGAUCUCUGCCCACACCGCCAACCUCGCUUCCUCUUGCGUCUGGUUCGUUCUCGGCUCCGGAACCGUCAGCUCGUGAGGUCAUGGAGGCCUCUCAGAACGCAAGGGUACAAGCGGAGCGAGCGGAAGCGGCUGCUGUGUCGGCUGGGAAGAUUAAGGGAGGAUCACACUCAUCAGAUAGUGGUUGCUACAGCUUUUGUGUUGACUCCUUUUCCAAUAGGCCCUCAAUAUAAAGUGAGUAAUUAGGUUCGCUGGUAGGUUUCCUCGCGCCGUCUUUUCUAACAACAAAGUCGAUUCUCUGCAAGCAGCAUUGAAAAACGCAGCUGUGGCGCAUGCGGAAGAGUUGAGGCGUCUGCAGAUUCCACCGCCUGAUGUGUAAACGCAAGACUUAGUACUCUCCCCUUUUUAUAACCUGUUUCUUCCACCACGGUUGGCCAAGAUGAUCUGCCACUGUUGAUAAAAAUCUCUGUUACAUGUAUAGUCUAGCCCAGUCCUGUCGGCAAAGGCGUGCACAGUGAUAAAGAAAUACACCGCCCUAGAGGGAAACGUCACAAACUCAAACUCUUCAAAGCUUCCUCUUUGUGAGUGACG